AUGCAUAGGUUGCCAACUGUAUUGCGUGGUGCAGCUCUGCGCCAAUUACAAACUCGUUCAUAUGCCAAAGAUGUGCGUUUUGGAGCAGAAGUUAGAGCACUUAUGUUGCAAGGUGUGGAUAUUUUAGCUGAUGCUGUGGCAGUAACAAUGGGUCCGAAAGGACGUAAUGUUAUCUUAGAACAGAGUUGGGGAAGUCCAAAGAUUACUAAAGAUGGUGUCACAGUAGCUAAGGGAAUUGAGCUGAAGGAUAAGUUCCAGAAUAUUGGAGCAAAAUUGGUACAAGAUGUGGCAAAUAAUACAAAUGAAGAGGCAGGUGAUGGUACAACUACAGCUACAGUUCUAGCAAGAGCUAUUGCUAAAGAGGGUUUUGAAAAAAUUAGCAAAGGUGCCAAUCCUGUAGAAAUAAGAAGGGGUGUUAUGUUGGCGGUUGAUACGGUUAAAGGUGAAUUAAAAGCCUUAAGCAAACCAGUAACAACUCCAGAAGAAAUUGCACAGGUAGCAACCAUUUCAGCCAAUGGGGAUAAAGCCAUUGGUAAUCUUAUUUCUGAUGCCAUGAAAAAAGUUGGAAAAGACGGAGUAAUUACUGUAAAAGAUGGUAAAACGUUGCAUGACGAAUUGGAAGUAAUAGAAGGAAUGAAAUUUGACAGGGGUUAUAUAUCUCCUUACUUCAUAAAUUCUAGUAAAGGAGCAAAAGUUGAGUUCCAAGAUGCGCUUGUACUUUUCAGCGAGAAAAAAAUAUCGUCUGUACAGUCUAUAAUUCCAGCAUUGGAAUUGGCAAAUUCUCAACGGAAACCUCUUGUUAUCAUAGCGGAAGACAUUGAUGGCGAAGCUCUGUCCACGCUUGUAGUGAAUAGAUUGAAAAUCGGUUUGCAGGUGGCGGCAGUUAAAGCCCCUGGUUUCGGUGAUAAUAGGAAAACGACGCUUCAAGACAUGGCAAUCCUAACUGGAGGAAUUGUAUUUGGCGAUGAUGCCAAUCUCGUUAAAUUAGAGAAUGUACAGUUAAUCGAUUUGGGCGAAGUAGGAGAAGUUGUAAUUACGAAAGACGAUACGCUUUUCCUUAAGGGCAAAGGGAAAAAAAGUGAUAUUGAUCAUAGAGCGGAUGUACUAAGAGAUCAGAUUGAGAAUACAACUUCUGACUAUGAGAAAGAAAAACUACAGGAACGUUUGGCAAGGCUAGCGUCAGGAGUUGGAGUUUUGAGAGUCGGUGGAAGUAGCGAGGUAGAAGUUAACGAAAAGAAAGAUCGUGUUCACGAUGCUCUUAAUGCUACUAGAGCAGCUGUUGAAGAAGGAAUUGUUCCUGGAGGUGGCACUGCUCUACUGAGAUGUAUACCAGCACUUCGAAAUUUAAAAGCGUCGAACAACGAUCAAGAAACAGGAAUAAAGAUAGUGGCAAAUGCGUUGCGUAUGCCAUGUUUGCAGAUUGCUCAGAAUGCAGGCGUCGAUGCUAGUUUAGUAGUAGCGAAAGUGAGUGAAAGUAAUCUUGGUUACGAUGCCCUGAACGAUGAGUACGUUGAUAUGAUCCAACAAGGUAUCAUUGACCCAACGAAGGUAGUACGCACAGCGCUUACUGAUGCCGCGGGUGUUGCGUCGUUACUUACUACUGCAGAAGCAGUGGUUACCGAAUUGCCUAAAGAAGAACCUCAGAUGCCAAUGGGCGGUGGUGGCAUGGGUGGAAUGGGUGGUAUGGGUGGUAUGGGUGGCAUGGGCAUGUAAUUAAGUGAAAUCCCAUACAAAGACUGAAUUACGUAUUGUAAUUAAUAUUUGGCAAUGAUUGCAAUUCACUCGCAAUAUUACACUUUGUCAUAAAUUGCGAUUAGAAUUGCAAAAAUACAAAUAUAACUUACCGAUCAAGUAACCAGAAAGCAGAAUACUUAGAAGACAGUUCUACUUCCAAGCAGAGGA